AUGGGGUGGGACAUGAAGAUCAUUGGUAUGUGGUAUAAACAACUGUAGAUAUAAAAAUGAUUCACACAGGACUGUUGGACAACUCACCAGACAUCAUAUCAUACCAUUUAAAAUAAGCAUGGAUCAACACUUUAACAUUUCCAGUGACAUUUUCUACAAACAUUAAAGAAACUUCAAUAAACAGGAAAUAUUAGUGAAUCUUCACACAGAACGUCAAGCCCUGUUUCGUCAUCAGUCUAUUUUUAAGCAAAGGGGAAAUUACUAAUACAAUGAUGACCAGUUCACGGCAACAUAUCCAACCACCCAGAGAUUCAGUGUGUCAGCUGCAAUGUGCAUUUCAAUCUAAAAUGAUGAUCUAGGCUUUUUUCUGUAGCUUUUUAGCUGUAGAAGUGUGGCAAAUGUUGAGGUUUGAGACCCUAAACCACGAUCAUAUAUUCUGUGCAAGAGCUGAGUUAUAAAAGAGGUUUCUAGACAGGUGUUAUAAUUAAAUUUAAACUACUGUAAACUACUAUUAUAUAUGUAAAAUGACUUCAAUUAAAAUCCCAUAUAAAGCUUAUAUGGGAUUUGUUGGCUUUAGUUGUGUAAGUGCUGUGAGAUUACUCUGUUGUGAAUAUAUGCUAUAUAAAAGUUGAACUGAAUUGAAAAGUAUGUGCUACUAGGAUAAGUGAUAAGUAGUACCUCUAUCACUACUGUAGUGUAGGAGUGUUGUAUAUUAUGCUGCCCGUCCUGGGUUUUCUCACUUACGAUGAGUGACAUCACUGGAGUUUCCCCAGAAGGAAACUGUUUUAAAAGAGCAACUCACUGAGUAUCAACCAACAAACCAGAGCAGCAGUAGAAGGAAGACAGCACUCAAAGAGCUCAGUUUGACAUAAAGCAAUAGAAAAAAAGUAAUCUGAUCAAUGGAAGGUGAAUGCAAAGUACAGCUGGACUCCUCAGUGGAGACAGAAGCUGGGAGAGAGACAACACAGAAUGUAAAGCUCAGCUCCAAGCUAAGCACAGCCUUGCUGGUAAUCGCACUGUGCCUUAGUGCGACUGCUGCUGCUGUCCUUGUGUUCCACAGACACGCCAAGGAGCCAGGACCAGAGGAAGACACUUUUGUUCUUCAUCAUGCAUUAAGGCAAAUUUCUAAUGUGAGGGCUGCUAUUCAUUUAGAAGGAAAACAUAACAGUGCUAGGACUGAUUCAGUAGAAUGGAAGAAUCAGGUUGACCAGUCCCACUAUCAAGGAGAGCUAAAACUCGAUGACAAUGAAAUUGUCAUUCCCCACAAUGGUCUCUACUUUGUUUACAGCCAAGCAUCUUUCAAGGUCAAUUGCAGCUUUGGUGCUGAGGAUGAUCAUGAUGCAGCGUCAAGGCCCCUGGUCCACCUGAGCUACACAGUGAAGCGCUGGUCCAAGUCAUAUGGCAAUGAUGAUGCUAAACGGUCCUAUCAAACAAUCCUGCACUCCAUACGCACCGUCUGCCAAAAGAUUAGGAGCAGUGAUCUAGAUGAACAGGGCAAAUGGUAUUCUGCCAUAUAUAUGGGGGCUGUAUUUGACCUAAAAAGGGAGGAUAGGCUGAAAACAGUCAUGGAGAAGAAGAAUCUACUUGAAGUGGAAGACGAGCCGGGGAAGACGUUCUUUGGUGUAUUUGCCUUGUGAUGACAGGUGGUGGUAGCAACACAACAUGGAAUCAUCUCAACUCACAGUAAAGUUUAAAUGGCAGCAUUUAAACUGCACUCAGAACUCAAUGCAAGGUUCAGUACAGACUUCUGAGUUCAUUUGCCUCUUAGGUUCAAGAAAACCAAGCUAUGUUAGCUGACUUUGAAGGUCUCACUGUAAGAUAUCAUCAUACAUGUGGCUAUGGAUCUACAGUGAUAUGUACUGUGUACUGUCACCUUUAUUGUUUAUUAAUUAUUUAUUGUUGUAUUAUUUCUAUUUGUUUAGAAACAUUGACAGAAAUUACUACAUGUUUAUCACUACAGGCUGGGAUAAAUGAAUUUAUUAUAAUUUAAUUUUUUGAAAAAGAAAAUAUUUAUUCUAUUAAUUUAAUUAUUAUUUAUUUUAAAGUAUUUAUUAAUUUCUUUUUUAAAUUGUUUUAAUAAAAGUGAUCAC